GUCUGACACUCAGAGGGACUCAGCUCUCCUUUUGAAGUCUGCUCAUCUUCAGUUCUCUCUAGCGUGCAGAGAUGACGUCUUACAGAUAUUCAAGCAGUGGCUCAACCAAGAUCACUAGGCCCGCCCGAAGCUUGAUCACUGGAGCUUCGCGAUCUUCGCAACGCUCAAGUAGAAUCUCUGUUUCUGGUGGUGGUGGUUCUGGCUUUGCAUCUGGCUACAGUUCUGGCUUUAGUUCUAUUCCUAGUGUGCAGAGUACUAGAAGUUUCAGUACUUAUUCUGUUGGCGGUGGGGGUAUGGGCAGUAUGGGCAGUAUGGGAGGUAAUUUCGUGCCGCCUACAAUCCAACCUGUCAGCUACAAUCAAAACCUGCUGAAUCCCGUGAAUGUGGAGGUUGACCCCAACUUCCAGGUUAUCCGCACCAAGGAGAAGAAUGACAUCAAGUCUCUGAACGACCGCUUUGUCAACUUCAUUGAAAAGGUGCGCUUCCUGGAGCAGCAGAACAAGAUGCUGGAGACCAAAUGGGAACUCAUGCAAGGACAGACCACCGCCCGAUCCAACAUCGAACCCAUGUUCGAAGCUUAUAUCGCCAACCUGCGCAGACAGCUCGACGGUCUCGGCAAUGAGAAGGUCAAGCUGGAGUCAGAGCUGAAGAACAUGCAGGGCCUGGUUGAGGACUUCAAGAAAAAGUAUGAAGAUGAAAUCAACAAGCGUGCAGCUGCAGAGAAUGAAUUUGUGCUGCUGAAGAAGGAUGUUGAUGCAGCUUACAUGAACAAGGUGGAGUUGGAAGCCAAAGUUGAUUCUCUCCAAGAUGAAAUCAACUUCCUCAAGGCUGUUUACGAGGCUGAGCUGCUCGAGCUGCAGAGCCAAAUCACAGACACCUCGGCCGUUGUGGAGAUACAAAACAACCGUGACUUGAACAUGGAUGAGAUCAUUGCCGAUGUGCGUGCUCAGUAUGAGGACAUGGCUAACAAAAGCAAGGCUGAUGCAGAAAACUGGUAUCAUACAAAGUAUAAGGAGAUGCAAUCCACUGCUGGACAAUAUGAUGAGGACCUGCGCUCAACCAAGAGUGAGAUUGCUGAGCUGAACCGCAUGAUCGCCCGUCUUCAGAGUGAGAUUGAGGCUAUCAAGGCACAGAGGGCAAAUCUGGAGGCGCAGAUUGCAGAGGCUGAGGAGCGUGGAGAGCUGGCAGUGAAGGACGCCAAGCAACGUAUUAAAGACCUGGAGAUGGCUCUUCAGAAAGCCAAACAGGAUAUGGCCAGACAGGUGCGCGAAUACCAGGAGCUGAUGAACGUCAAGCUGGCAUUGGACAUUGAGAUUGCCACCUACAGGAAGUUGCUGGAAGGAGAGGAGAACAGAUUGAAUAGUGGAGGUCCUUCAGCAACCAUCCAUGUGCAGCAGACGUCUGGAGGUGGCGGAUUAUCCAUGAGCCAGGGUGGAUAUGGCUACAGCGCUGGAGGUUUCGGCUCUGGUUCCAGUUUCUCUCGCAGCGGUGGUGUCAUCACCAAAUCUGUCACCACUAAAACAAACAAAACCCUGUUUUAAAAAAAGGAGAGCAGCCCCUCUAUACCUUCAGAAACUCUAUAUUUGAUCUGUACACAUUCAUGGUGCUAUGUAACAUUGUUAAACUGUGUCAGUGAGAGUCGAAUAUCGAGUGAUCCUAAGAAUUCUCAAAAUUGAGCCAUUAAAAGAAAAACAACUGGAUUGUGUUACACUGCCAACAAGUGUGCUUCAGGGGUCACAAGCUGUUUGGGUUUUUAACUGUUCAGCAUCAUUUAAAAGGAGUUUCUUUUGGUUUACAAGACAACAUUUUCUUUCUGCACUGACAUUCAACAAUAAGUAAACGGAAAAGCACAAAAACCAUGAAACAAAGGAUUUAGUGAACUUGUAAAACUAAGCAGAAACAUUUUCAAACACUUUUUGUACCACCUGCAUGUCUAACACAAGCUCUGACAGCUGAAAAUAAGCCAAAUUAAGAUACCUGAGAAAUAUAAUACAUGAAAUGUUUGGAAGAAAAUGUUUUUCUGCUUAAUUUUCCAUUUCCUUUGCCUUCCCAUAAAAAUAAAGUCAUUUGGAAUCCAG